AUGUCAUCAGAUAUCAGAGACGUAGAGGAACGAAAUUCGCGGAGCUCGAGCUCAAGCUCGAGCUCGAACUCUGCCGCCCAAUCCAUUGGACAGCAUCCAUACCGCGGUUUCGACAGCGAAGCCGCGGAAAGGGUGCAUGAGUUGGCUAGAACACUCACAUCGCAGAGUUUACUAUACACUGCUAACUCAAACAAUAGCUCUUCCAGCAACCAUAAUGCGCACAAUGCGGACUCGAGAUCCGUAUUUUCUACGGACAUGGAAGGUGUGAACCCGGUGUUCACUAACCCGGACACCCCGGGAUACAAUCCCAAAUUGGACCCUAACAGUGAUCAAUUCUCCAGUACGGCGUGGGUACAGAACAUGGCAAAUAUUUGUACUUCGGACCCGGAUUUCUAUAAACCAUACUCACUCGGUUGUGUAUGGAAGAAUCUAAGCGCCUCCGGAGACUCCGCCGAUGUGUCAUACCAGUCAACUUUCGCUAACAUCGUACCAAAGCUGCUUACGAAAGGGCUCAGAUUACUGAAGCCCAGUAAAGAAGAGGACACUUUUCAGAUCCUGAAACCCAUGGAUGGUUGUCUUAAUCCCGGUGAACUGUUGGUUGUUCUUGGGAGACCAGGGUCAGGUUGUACUACGCUGCUAAAAUCCAUAUCUUCUAAUUCGCACGGGUUCAAGAUCGCAAAAGACUCCAUUGUCUCUUACAACGGUUUGUCAAGCUCGGAUAUCAGGAAACAUUACCGUGGUGAAGUCGUUUACAAUGCGGAAUCAGAUAUUCAUUUACCGCAUCUUACCGUGUACCAGACGCUUUUCACCGUGGCAAGGAUGAAAACGCCGCAAAAUCGUAUCAAGGGUGUUGAUAGAGAAGCGUACGCCAAUCACGUGACAGAAGUUGCAAUGGCCACAUAUGGUCUUUCGCAUACAAGGGACACCAAGGUCGGAAACGAUCUAGUCAGAGGUGUUUCUGGUGGUGAAAGAAAGCGUGUAUCCAUUGCGGAAGUCGCAAUCUGCGGCGCCAGAUUUCAAUGUUGGGAUAAUGCCACCAGAGGUUUGGACUCUGCUACUGCUUUAGAAUUCAUCCGUGCUUUAAAAACCCAGGCUGACAUUGGAAAGACCGCGGCUACUGUGGCCAUCUAUCAAUGUUCUCAGGAUGCUUAUGAUCUUUUUGAUAAGGUCUGUGUCCUGGAUGAUGGUUACCAGCUUUAUUUUGGGCCCGCUAAGGAUGCAAAGAAAUAUUUCCAAGACAUGGGCUACUAUUGUCCUCCCAGACAGACCACUGCAGAUUUUUUAACUUCAAUUACAAGUCCUACUGAAAGAAUUAUUAGCAAAGAAUUUAUCGAAAAAGGUACUAGAGUGCCUCAAACGCCAAAGGAUAUGGCCGAAUAUUGGCUACAAUCAGAAAGCUACAAAAAUUUAAUCAAGGAUAUAGACUCUACAUUAGAGAAAAACACAGAUGAAGCACGCAAUAUUAUCAGGGAUGCUCACCACGCUAAACAGGCAAAAAGGGCACCACCUUCCUCUCCAUACGUUGUCAACUACGGAAUGCAAGUCAAAUACUUGUUGAUUAGAAAUUUCUGGAGAAUGAAGCAAAGUGCUAGUGUUACUUUGUGGCAAGUCAUCGGUAACUCUGUCAUGGCUUUCAUCUUGGGUUCUAUGUUUUAUAAAGUGAUGAAGAAAAACGAUACUUCCACUUUCUAUUUCCGUGGUGCUGCAAUGUUUUUUGCUAUUUUAUUUAAUGCAUUUUCGUGUCUUUUGGAAAUCUUUAGUUUGUAUGAAACAAGACCUAUAACUGAAAAACACAGAACUUAUUCCUUGUAUCAUCCAAGCGCUGACGCAUUUGCGUCUGUUUUGUCAGAAAUGCCGCCAAAAUUGAUCACUGCUGUCUGCUUCAACAUCAUCUUUUAUUUCCUAGUUGAUUUCAGGAGAAACGGUGGUGUCUUUUUCUUUUAUUUUUUAAUUAAUGUCAUUGCCACAUUCACUUUAUCCCAUUUAUUUAGAUGCGUGGGCUCCUUGACCAAAACAUUACAGGAGGCCAUGGUCCCCGCUUCAAUGUUAUUAUUGGCAAUUUCUAUGUAUACAGGGUUUGCCAUCCCUAAAACGAAGAUUUUAGGUUGGUCCAUUUGGAUUUGGUAUAUCAACCCGCUAGCCUACCUGUUUGAAUCUUUAAUGAUCAAUGAAUUCCAUGACCGUAGAUUCCCUUGUGCCCAAUACAUCCCUGCUGGCCCUGCUUAUCAGAACAUCACAGGUACUCAACGCGUCUGUUCCGCAGUUGGUGCUUAUCCAGGUAACGACUAUGUGUUGGGUGAUGACUUCUUGAAGGAAAGUUACGAUUAUGAGCACAAACAUAAGUGGCGUGGGUUCGGUAUUGGUAUGGCAUAUGUUGUUUUCUUUUUCUUUGUUUAUCUAAUUCUUUGUGAGUAUAAUGAAGGUGCUAAACAAAAGGGUGAAAUGGUUGUGUUCCUAAGAUCUAAGAUCAAGCAAUUGAAAAAGGAAGGUAAAUUACAAGAAAAGCAUAGGCCUGGAGAUAUUGAAAAUAAUGCAGGCAGUUCUCCAGAUUCCGCUACAACAGAAAAAAAAAUACUAGAUGAUAGUUCUGAGGGAUCGGAUAGCUCUUCAGAUAAUGCCGGAUUAGGACUUUCCAAAUCUGAAGCAAUUUUCCACUGGCGUGAUUUAUGCUAUGAUGUUCCUAUAAAAGGAGGUCAAAGACGUAUCUUAAAUAACGUAGAUGGUUGGGUAAAACCAGGCACUUUGACUGCCUUAAUGGGGGCGUCAGGUGCAGGUAAAACAACUUUACUGGAUUGUUUGGCUGAAAGAGUCACCAUGGGUGUUAUUACUGGUAAUAUUUUUGUCGAUGGUCGUCUCCGUGACGAAUCAUUCCCUAGAUCUAUUGGUUAUUGUCAACAACAGGAUUUACAUUUGAAAACGGCUACAGUAAGAGAAUCUUUGAGAUUUUCAGCUUAUUUACGUCAGCCUUCGUCAGUUUCUAUUGAAGAAAAAAAUAGGUACGUGGAAGAAGUUAUCAAAAUUUUGGAAAUGCAACAAUAUUCAGAUGCUGUUGUUGGUGUUGCAGGUGAAGGUCUAAAUGUCGAACAAAGAAAAAGACUUACUAUUGGUGUUGAACUAGCGGCAAGGCCUAAACUUUUGGUUUUUUUGGAUGAACCAACUUCAGGCCUGGAUUCACAAACUGCUUGGGACACUUGCCAACUUAUGAGGAAACUAGCUACCCACGGUCAAGCAAUUUUGUGUACUAUCCAUCAACCUUCUGCUAUAUUAAUGCAGCAGUUUGAUAGAUUAUUAUUUUUACAGAAAGGGGGCCAAACUGUAUAUUUCGGCGAUUUAGGUGAAGGGUGCAAAACUAUGAUCGAUUAUUUUGAAAGUAAAGGAGCUCACAAAUGUCCACCUGAUGCAAACCCUGCCGAAUGGAUGUUAGAGGUUGUAGGUGCCGCUCCUGGUUCUCACGCUACGCAAGAUUAUAAUGAAGUCUGGAGAAACUCAGAUGAAUACAAAGCUGUUCAGGAAGAAUUGGAUUGGAUGGAAAAGAAUUUACCAGGCAGGUCAAAAGAACCAACUGCAGAAGAACAUAAACCUUUUGCUGCAUCUUUAUACUACCAAUUUAAAAUGGUUACCAUUCGUUUGUUCCAACAAUACUGGAGAUCACCAGAUUAUUUAUGGUCGAAAUUUAUUUUGACUAUUUUCAACCAAGUUUUUAUUGGGUUCACUUUUUUCAAGGCUGACAGAAGUUUACAGGGACUACAAAACCAAAUGUUAUCAAUAUUCAUGUAUACGGUUAUUUUCAAUCCUAUACUACAACAGUAUCUACCAUCUUUCGUGCAGCAAAGGGAUUUGUAUGAGGCAAGAGAACGUCCUUCAAGAACAUUUUCGUGGCUUGCGUUUUUCCUCUCUCAAAUCAUUGUUGAAAUCCCAUGGAAUAUUUUAGCGGGUACGAUUGCUUAUUGUAUUUACUAUUACGCGGUUGGAUUUUAUGCGAACGCCUCAGCUGCUGGUCAACUCCAUGAGAGAGGUGCUUUGUUUUGGUUAUUUUCUAUUGCCUUCUACGUCUACAUUGGUUCGAUGGGUUUGUUAAUGAUUUCUUUCAAUGAAGUUGCUGAAACAGCGGCACAUAUGGGAACGCUAUUGUUCACGAUGGCAUUAUCUUUCUGUGGUGUUAUGGCUACCCCUAAGGUUAUGCCAAGAUUUUGGAUCUUUAUGUAUAGAGUGUCACCCCUAACUUAUAUGAUCGAUGCAUUAUUAGCCCUUGGUGUGGCUAAUGUGGACGUUAAGUGUUCAAAUUAUGAAAUGGUAAAAUUUACUCCACCAUCUGGAACCACCUGCGGUGACUAUAUGGCAUCAUAUAUCAAGUUGGCCGGAACAGGCUACUUGAGUGACCCGUCUGCAACAGAUAUAUGUAGUUUCUGUGCGGUAUCCACCACCAAUGCCUUUUUGGCCACUUUCAGUUCUCAUUAUUACAGAAGAUGGAGAAAUUACGGUAUUUUUAUCUGCUAUAUUGCUUUUGAUUAUAUCGCUGCAACAUUCUUGUAUUGGUUAUCCAGGGUACCCAAGAAGAACGGUAAGAUUUCCGAAAAACCCAAGAAGUGA